GCCGCGUCCACACCGUGCGCUGUUGUGUCUCGCGCGUUGUUGCUUGUGUGCUGCGUUUUUAAAUACCUGUCUUGAGUCAUUGCACCUUCCCCGCUCGAGAGCGCACUCCGGGCAACUGGGCGCAAGAAGUGAACGCCAACCGAACGCGCAGCCGAGAAGUUUGCGCUACACGCGAUACCUGUUAAUCUUUCGUGCGACGGGACGUAAUCUUGCGGAAAAGUUGUUGAUCCUGUUUGAUUUACACGCGAGGACUUGCCGGAGUGAUAAAUCACGAGGAAAACAAGCCAAAGUGUGUUUCCAAUUGGAUUUCUAACAUUUUACAUAACCAUUGUGCUUGAUUUGUUUUAUUUUUGUGUUUGGAAGUUUUCAAAAUCACCCCUAGUGAGAGGUUUUGCACCGGUGCGUUAAUUAAAUCACCUUUAUUUGGGCAGAGUAUAGACCAGCUGAACAGCACUUGUCGAUCGAAUUAUGCCGCCCAGUUAACGAUGCGGCUGCGCAAUGACCGCCCACGCACCAUUUCGACCAAUGCGAACGCAAACACAUCGAAGUAGGCGUAGCCUGCUGGGACUCACGGGGGCGGCGCUGGUAUUACUCGCGUCGUUGCAAUCAUGCGCGUGCUACCUCCUGCUCGUCACCGAGGACCAACUACCCGGCGACCUCAUCUUCGACGCGUCGGUGUACAAGCUGGGCUCCGAGCGCGAUUACAAAAUCAAUUUGGAGCGCUCGGCGUCAUUCGUGUCGCGCCUCCUCCGGGUCGACCCGCACAACGGUCGCGUCUCGCUCAAACAACGACUGGAGUGCAACUCACUCUACUAUCCGAAUCUAUUCACCGUGCAUAUAGACUCCACUUCGAAUAGGCUGCGAGACAUUGACUACUACAGUCUGCCGUUGAGAAUAUUCAUCGUCGGCAAGGAAUGUUCCAAAGAUGCGGAGGAGGAGGAUUUGGAGGCGGAGUUUGGCUUAGAAGGCGGUUCCAGAAGCAGGAGGAGCAUUACAUACAAUCCAUUUCUGCAUCGGGCGCAUCCAAAUGUAAGAACACGAAUUACCGAUGCGAAACAAUGGAUUUCGGAGACUUAUGCGUCUUUUGCUAUUCCGACUGCUGAUAAAUGGAGGAAGAUCUGUUUGAGACAGUCGCAGUUUGUCAACUCUGUGUCUGCAUUUCUUCCCAAAACUAUAGCAAAAGCAUGUGAUGUUGAUUUCAUUGAUGUGAGCGAUCGACGCUUUAAAAUCGAACAGUCCCAAGGUGACCUCGUCGCUGCUGAAGACGUCUGCAUCAGGGAACCACUCUGGAAAGUUGUCAUCUUUUUCACUACUCGGUGUAAAGAUUCCAGAGUAUUAGACUCUGACCACCGACUUAAGAUUGUCUACCAUCAUCAAGUUUUUAAUGAUACUGAUAUCGCAAAGCGGGUUAGACGGGAACUACGUAAUCAAAGCCCAUUCUUUGAACAACAUUUAUACGUUGUAAGUGUACUGGAAGAAUGUGAACCUGGAGUGGUUGUCACUACUCUGAAAGCCAGAGAUCCAGAAAACUCACCUGUCACAUACUCGAUGACUUCCUUGCUGGAUUCAAGGACACAGUCUAUGUUUGACAUCGAUUCGAAGACGGGAAUCGUCACUACCAAAGUGCAACUUGAUCGCGAGUUGGUAGAUGUGCACUAUUUCCGAGUAACAGCGACUGAUGACAGUUUUCCGCCGAGAAGUGGCACUAGCAUGUUGCAGAUAAACGUGUUGGAUGCGAACGAUCACACGCCUGCUUUCGAAAUGAAUGAAUAUGAUGCUACGGUUAGAGAAGGUGUUAGUUUUGGAAGCACUGUGUUGACUCUGAAAGCGACUGAUCAGGAUAUUGGGAAAAAUGCUGAGGUGGAGUAUGCUGUGCAGAGUGUCAAUGGAGGUGGGAUUAGUACUGCCGAAGAAGAUAAUAACGCGUUUAAAAUCGAUGCCAAGACUGGAGUGAUUACGACUCGGACCAAUUUGGAUAGGGAGACAACUGAGGUUUACACGUUGAUUGUUACUGCGACUGAUCAAGCCACACCAGCUAGCGCAAGAAGAAGUGCAAGUGCGAGUGUUGUCAUUCGAGUCCUUGAUGACAAUGAUAACUACCCGCAGUUUUCGGAACGUGCCUACACAGCUACCGUCAACGAAGACAUCAAUUGGAAUGAAAAUCCUGUUGUUGCACAUAUCAAGGCAACUGAUGCUGACCAAGGGAACAACGCAGCGAUUCGUUUUGCAAUCAUCGGGGGUAACACCCAAAGCCAGUUUACAAUCGACAGUCUCACUGGAGAUGUAACACUUGUGAAACCUUUGGAUUACGAAACUAUUCGUUCGUAUAGAUUGGUCAUACGCGCACAAGAUGGCGGAAGCCCAGCCAGAAGUAACACAACACAACUGUUAAUAAAUGUAAAAGAUGUCAAUGACAAUGCGCCUCGAUUUUACACAUCACUUUUUCAAGAAUCCGUGUCGGAAAGUGUGUCUACCGGCUAUAGCAUUGUCAAAGUUCAAGCGUACGACGCUGACGAAGGUCCCAACGCUGACAUAAAAUACACUAUCGCUUCCCAGGACGCACAGGGUAUGUCUACUGAAGAUAUUCCGUUGUCUGUUGACUCGCAUACUGGCUGGAUCUACACCACCAAAGAAUUGGAUAGGGAAGAACAUCCCAAGUACAGUUUCCAGGUCAUUGCAAGUGACCAAGGAAAUCCACCACAAUCUGCCAGUGCUAGUAUAAUUAUUACCGUGCAGGAUGUCAACGAUAACAAUCCGAUUUUUGACCCGAAAGUGUACGAUUGUGUUGUGGCUGAAGAUGACUCUCCGGGAACACCUGUAACAUCAGUCACUGCAACUGAUAUAGAUGAAGAUACAAGGAUUCAUUAUGAGAUUAGCAGUGGUAACACCAGAGGGAGGUUUUCUAUAACUUCACAAAAUGGUCGAGGAUUAAUCACGGUUGCGCAACCUUUAGACUACAAACAAGAGAAACGUUACGUUCUAACAGUAACAGCAUCGGAUUCAGGUGGUAGGACUGACACUGCUACAGUGUAUGUGAAUGUAUCAGAUGCAAAUAAUUUUGCACCUGUGUUUGACUCUGCGCCCUAUUCCGUCAGUGUUAAUGAAGAUGUACAAAUUGGGUACACAGUGCUGUUGGUGACAGCAAGUGAUAAUGAUGUAGGUAUUAACGCGAAGAUAACUUACACGUUAGGUGAAGAUUCCGUUGAGGUGCAACCUUUUACCAUCAACCCACAAACUGGAGCUAUCAUAACCACAAAGUUAUUGGAUAGAGAAUCUGUUUCGGGUUAUUUGUUGACUGUAACAGCUCGAGAUGGUGGUCAUCCGCCAUUAUCAGAUACUACGGAUGUAGAAAUCACUGUGACUGAUAUCAAUGAUAAUUAUCCGAUAUUUAAACAACUACAAUAUAGCGGUAGUGUAUUGGAGGAUGCAUUGUUAGGUACUAGUGUUGUGCAGGUAUCAGCUACCGAUGCAGAUAUUGGAUUGAAUGGACGAAUUCGUUAUAUUCUCAGUGAAAAAGACAUGGAAGAUGGUUCCUUUGUGAUUGAUCCAACUAGUGGAGUCAUUAGAACACAUAAAGGUUUAGACAGGGAAUCAGUUGCUGUGUACAAUCUUGAAGCAUCUGCUAUUGAUAGAGGUAGUCCAGCGUUGAGCACAACAGUUCCUGUAGUCAUUCGCAUUGAAGACGUGAAUGAUUCCCCACCUACAUUUGAAUCAGAUAAAAUCACUUUGUAUAUAUCGGAAAACUCUCCAAUUGGAUCAACAGUAGGAGAAAUCUACGCAAAAGAUCCCGACGAUGGUGUUAAUGCAAUUGUACAAUAUUCAAUCAUUGGAGGAGAAGAUUCAGAAAGUUUCAGUUUGAUAACACGCCCAGGGUCCGAAAAAGCUGAAUUGAUUACAAUGACUGAAUUGGAUUAUGAAAGCUCGAGGAAAAAGUUUGAUCUCAUUGUAAGGGCUGCGAGUCCGCCAUUACGAAACGAUGUGCAUGUAGAAGUGGUUAUCAUCGAUGUCAAUGACAACGCUCCGGUUCUAAAGGACUUCCAUGUUUUAUUCAAUAACUAUAAGGACUGUUUCCCAACUGGUCCGAUAGGUAAAAUUCCGGCGUACGAUGCGGAUGUGUCAGAUAAACUGCAUUUUAGGAUAUUAUCCGGAAACAACGCGAAUUUAGUUGCUUUAAAUGAAAGCACGGGACAACUUCAACUAAGUCCUCAAUUGAAUACAAACGUUCCAAAGAUUGCCACCAUGGAGGUUUCGGUUACUGAUGGUAUUAAUGAUAUAAAAGCCAUUAUGCAAUUGACCGUUAAACUCAUCACUGAAGAGAUGCUCUUUAGUUCAAUCACAGUCAGGUUGAAUGAUAUGACGAAAGAAGCUUUCCUUUCACCAUUGCUAAGUUUCUUUGUUGAUGGCCUUGCAGCAAUUAUUCCAUGUCCCAAGGAAAAUAUUUUCAUCUUUAGUAUACAGGAUGAUAUCGACGUGCAGAAUAAAAUUCUCAAUGUGAGUUUUUCUGUCAAAAGGCCUGAUGUGCCACGAGAAGAUUACUACUCCCAGCAGUUUUUGAAAGAAAGAGUUUAUCUCAACCGAGCUAUACUUGCCAGAUUAUCAACCGUACAGAUUUUACCUUUUGACGAUAAUCUCUGUGUUAGUGAGCCAUGUCUUAAUUACGAAGAGUGUUUAACUGUUUUGAAGUUUGGCAACGCCUCUGGAUUUAUUUCUAGUAAUACAGUACUAUUUCGGCCGAUUUAUCCGGUGACUACGUUUACUUGUCAAUGCCCUGAGGGCUUCACUGGAUCGAGGGAGCAUUACCUUUGUGACACCGAAGUGAAUUUAUGUUACAGCGCACCGUGUCAGAACAACGGCACGUGCCGAAUCAAAGAAGGUGGAUAUACUUGCGUUUGCCAACCGGGAUACUCCGGCAAUAACUGCGAAAUUAAAUUAAAUACAGACCCGUGCAAACCGAAUGUUUGUCGCAGUGGAGCAACUUGCACACCUAGGCAUAAAGGCGGUUUUGUUUGCGAAGAUUGUUCACCGAUAACAGGACAAGAACAUUACACGCCAUUAUGUGAGCUGAAAAGUCGUAGUUUUAGUAAAAACUCUUUUCUGACGUUUCCAAGUUUGAAGCAGCGACAUCGAUUGCAUUUGCAAAUGAAAUUUGCGACUUUGAGCCCGAAUGGUUUGUUGCUUUAUAAUGGACGAUAUAAUGAAUUACAUGACUUUAUUGCACUGGAGAUUAUUAAUGGUGGUGUACAGUUUUCAUUUUCAUUGGGUAGUGAAGUUAGUCAUGUUGAGGCUAAUAUUCCUGGUGGUGUCGCUGAUGGAAAAUGGCACACUGUUACUGUGGCUUACUUUAACAAGAAGGUAACUCUUUCUUUAGAUGAAUGUGAUACUGCCCUAGCGCUGAAGUUUGGAGAUGAACUGGGUGGACAAUGGGCUUGCGCAGGAUUUGUCGAACACACUUUAGAAAGUAGAUGCGCGUCGUUGACGGAAACUUGCCAUAGAUUUUUGGAUUUGACCGGACCACUGCAACUUGGUGGAUUGCCUACAUUGCCAGCACAAUUCCAAGCGCAUAAUCAUCAUUAUGAAGGUUGCAUUAGUGAUUUCCACGUUGAUUAUAGAUUCGUAGAUUUGAACUCAUACGUUGCUGACAAUGGUACUGUACCUGGUUGUCCGGAAAGAAGGAACUUUUGCUCUUCAAGACCUUGUAGAAACGACGGUGUGUGCAAAGAGGGUUGGAGUAUGUACCAGUGUGAUUGUCCUGAAGGAUUCAGUGGACGGGAUUGUAGUGAAAGCAUAGGAAAACCAUGGAGGUUUGAAGGCGAUGGUAUGUUGUCUUUUAAUCCGUUGUUGAGACCAAUUCAACUACCAUGGUUAAACUCGUUGUCAGUAAGAACCCGCCAGCCUGACACAUUCCUUAUGUCUGUGCAAGUUGGCCAAAAUAGUUCAGCAGUACUAUCAUUAAAAUCAGGACUUGUUUUGUACUCCUACAAUGGUGAGUCAUUCAAUUUAACAUCGAAACCUCUAGCGGAUGGUCAAUGGCAUCAUAUAGAAGUUACUUGGUUAGGUAACGAGAUAAAACUUUCAUUAGACUACGGCGAGAAGAACAAUUUAGUUCCAUUCAAUGCUAAGAUCCAAGGAUUAUACGUUGGUAAAAUAUUAAUUGGAAGUCCAGAUAUUUCCUACAACAACGUUGGAUAUAAUUAUCUCGAAGGAUGCGUGCAGGAUGUCCGAAUUGGAACAUCUCAAACGAUAUUAUCUCGGCCAACUGUGCGCGAAAAUGUUUUAGACGGAUGUGGGUCUUUGGAUGAGUGUCAGACUGAAUGUCCACUUAAUGCACAAUGCAUCACUUCCUGGGGACAUUCACACUGCGAAUGCAAUCCUGGAUAUGUCGGACCUCUGUGCAUUCCAGUCUGUUCGAAAAACCCUUGUGAAAAUAAUGCUGUUUGUGAAGAAGAACAUAACGUAAGAGGGUAUCAAUGUAAUUGCAAUUCCUCAACGUAUAGUGGUGAAUACUGUGAGACGAAACAAGCCCAGCCUUGCCCUGCGUCAUGGUGGGGUUUCCCUGUUUGUGGACCGUGUCACUGUGAUACAGAGGCAGGAUACAAUCCGGAUUGUGAUAAGAAAAAUGGGCAAUGUCGCUGUAAAGAAAAUCACUAUCAACCAAAAGGAUCAACAAAAUGCAUUCCAUGUGAUUGUUAUUUGACAGGAUCUUUCAGUCCUCAAUGUGAUCAUGAAACUGGUCAAUGCCGAUGCAGGGAAGGUGUUAUCGGACAAAAAUGCGAUGCGUGUCCGAAUCCGUAUGCUGAGAUUACAUUGAGAGGAUGUGAGGUGGUUUAUGAUGGUUGUCCAAGAAGUGCAGCGAAUGAGAUUUGGUGGCCUCGCACUUCGUUUGGAAUUGAAGCAAUUGAAGUAUGCCCGAAAGGAAGUCAUGGAAAGGCAGCUCGGGCUUGCGAUAAUCAACUCGGCGGAUGGCAGGCUCCUGAUUUGUUCAAUUGCACUUCCGAUCGAUUUGUCGAAUUGAGAAAUCAGUUAUCGAUGAUUGAAAAAGGCGAGUUGAAUUUAAACACUUUUGUUGCUAUUCAAUUAGCUUCGGAUUUACACAAAGCUACUAAUGUAACACCAACACUUUAUGGAGCUGAUGUCUUGAUCACUUAUGAUUUGAUUCAGGAGUUGCUUAAACACGAAAAUCGCAUGCACGGACUUAAUUUAACUCACAGUCAAGAUAAAGAUUAUAUCAACAACAUUGUGCAUUCAGCAAGCGCCAUAUUGGACCAGAAGUACGAUUCGCAUUGGAAACGCAUCACUGACUUAAGUGAUGGUAGUGCUGAGCUACUCGUUUCUUCACUUGCAAUGUACAUCAAUAUCUUGUCAGAUAGUCAACAUGAUACAUAUACCAGUCCAUUUGAGUUGGUGUCACCUAAUUUAGCGAUUGGUUUGGAUGUAGUCACUCCAGAAUCAUUAUUUGGAUACGAACAGGAAAUUAUUUUACCUUCUGAUAGCAGUUUUACAACGGAAAAAGUCAUACUUCCAGAUACAUCACAAUUUUUGGAUGUUACAAAUCAAAAUACACCUAGUGGACCAGGACCUCUGGUAGCAUUCCCUAAAUACAACAAUUACUUACAAGAUAGGAGUAAAUUCGACAUGUUAUCCAAAAUAUUAGUACCCUUAAAACUUCUUGGUAUUAAACCAAUAGAAUCAGGGGAGUUGAUUACUAAACACAGCCUCCCUGAAAAUGGGGCUGUUAUCAGUUACGCGCAAUAUAAACAAGCUGGUGAACUCUUCCCUGCGCUGUAUGAUGAUUCCGUGCUUAGACGUUGGGGUGUGGACAUUACAAUCGGAUCUCCACUAAUGUCAGUUAGCAUACUUGUGCCUGAAUAUGUGAACGCCGUUUCCCCAUCGACUAAAAACCAACCCAAGGUGUUUUUCGAAGAAGGCUUACUACCAUCAGGAAUGAAUUUUAAAGAAUUUGAUAAGAAAUCAUUCGCUGAUGACAAACAUGAAAACGAUGCAUACCUGAGAUCUGAACGUUUUAAACGCUCCAAUCAGAAACUGCUGUAUAAAAGUUUAAGCAAUGUAGUUUUGGAUCUUCCAAUUAGAUUGCAAAUCUGGCUGGAUCAAGAGAAGAUGAUUUUCAAUGAAAGAUCAAAUCCUCAAUGCGUGCACUGGUCAACCGCACGAGGUUUUGGUGAAUGGUCUCGAGUAGGAUGUCACACUGAACUUGACAGCGAUUGGUUUGAUCUGGAUUCUGAUGAUCCGCUGUUGGUAAACUGUACUUGCAAUCAUCUAUCAACUUUCGCUGUUCUCGUUGAUGUAGUGGAUUUGGAAUACAUUCCCGAGCCGUCUUUAAUGGAGAAUAUCUCGACGUACAGUUGCUUCUCGAUUGCUUUGCCGCUUUUAUUCGCUACAUAUUUAUGUUUGGCGUUUUUGCGUGGAGCGCAAACUAACUCAAACACAAUCAGAAAGAAUCUGGUGCUUUGCGUAUUCUUGGCAGAGUUAUUGUAUUUCAUAGCGUUGAAGGCAAGAAGGCCAAUGGUUUCCAAUGAAAUUGCUUGUAAAUUGUUUGCGAUGAGUUUGCAUUAUCUGUGGCUGGGUGGAUUCGCGUGGAUGUUAGUGGACGCAAUACAUCUAUACAGAAUGCUGACAGAAAUGAGGGAUAUUAAUCAUGGGCCUAUGAGGUUCUACUAUUGCAUUGGAUAUGUCUUGCCUGCGGUGAUUGUCAGUUUGGCUGUUGGUGUACGAGCUCAUCAAUAUGGCAACUAUUACUUCUGCUGGGUAUCGUUGUAUGAAAGCGUUAUAUGGUCAGUGGUGGGUCCAAUCUCCAUUUUGGUUUUCUUCAACUUGUGCGUGCUGUUGUUUGCCGUUCGUGCUGCUUUUACACUCCAAGACCACGUAAUGGGUUUCGGUAACCUAAGGUCCCUACUAUGGGUCUCUGUUGUUGCCUUACCUUUAUUGGGAGGUGCCUGGGUACUGGCACUAUUGGCAGCUUCAGAAAAACAUCCACUCCUGACUCCGUUUUUGUCAGUAGCAGUUUUGAUACACGCAAUAUUCUCAUUGUUGGGUUAUUGCAUUGCAAACAACAGGGUGCGACAACAUCUAGUGCACAUGAUUCUACGUUGCAUGGGGAAGAAGGUGCCUCUCUUGGAGAACAACUCAGUGGCGGGUGUGGGCAGCACAAGCAGUCAAAACAUCAAUGCGCAAUCGCGUUCUGCAUUGGCUUACCAUUCAAGUGCAAUUGAGGCAGUCCGCAGGAACGUUGGCAUCUCCACCUCGAGUACCACCUCGCGUUCAACAACUAAAACUAGCUCAAGUCCCUAUCGAAGCGAUACUCACUUAAGACACACUUCAACGAGUACUUCAAACUACAACUCUACAAGCGAUGUUCCUUCGUACCUUCGCGGUUUUGAUCAUGAGUCUGCUCUACACCGCCAUAGGGAGAUUCCAGAAGAAGAUCGCAGAGAAAGACGACACACACGUGAACAUUCAGGACAUGGACAUGGUCAUGGUCAUGGUGGUGGAGAGAGUGAUUCAGAUUCGGAUGGUUCCGAGGGUCGUAGUCUGGAUUUAGCGUCUAGUCACUCUUCCGACGACGACGAAUCUAGUACAAGAAGACAUCGUACUAAAAGUAAUGGCCAAUCACGUCAGGGUUACCUUCCCAACAUCACAGAGCAUGUGGUAACCAGAUGUGGAACUCCACCUGCAUUGAACGUUGUGACCAAAUCGCAACUGUUCCCUGCUGUGCAACCUUACGGUCCUCGAUGGUCCAGUCAACUGCCGGAGUCAUAUCUCCAUGGUUCAGUGCCUGAAGUUGGUCGUUGGUCAGCAGAGACUGGUUCCGAUAACGAAUUCUGCCAUAAAACAGGCUCACCCAAUCCUCUACCAAACCCUGAAAUGCCAGGUGAAACGUACGUACCACCAACGCAGUCGGAACAGUACAUGAUGCGAGCACAUUACGAUCAACAAUACGUCACUAAUAUGGGUCACAUGGGCAAUCUGGGCAAUUUGGGCACACUGAGUAAUUUAGGCAAAAGCAACUACAAAUUGGGUGCGCCACAUGACAACAUGAACUACCAUGAGUACCCUGAUAGAUGCUCCGAUGUGGAAGAGAAACACCACGUCGACGACAAGUAUUUAUUUCCUUACACAGCGGAAGAGGACCAUCUAACCACUAAUAAUUACAUGCAUCCGCCGUCGAGUAGGAUGAUGUCGCCAAUUGGAGGGCAUACAAACGACAUUAACAAUCCAGGCAUGGAUUAUCACGGUCCGAGAAUGGGUUCCCGGAUGGGUUCAGUACUAGGUUCCGUUCACGGAUCGCUUUGUGGUAGUGCCAGGGGAUCGCCAUCUCCAAUGAUGCCUCACAUGCCGACUAUGAUGCAUUCUACUCAUCAUUCAACGCCAGAUCCAUCACAGAAAGAAAUAGAUGAGGAGACAUCUGUAUAGCACCAAGCGUGUAAGCUCUCUUUGAGCGUCGUCAACACGCGACAUUGUAAUUCUAGUGCGAAUAUGUACAAAUUAAGUUUUAGUUCACAAUCUAAUUUAAGUAUUUAUGAUUUGCCAAGCAUUGUAAAACAAAGCAUCUACAUGACAUUCCAUCAGAGUGAUAGGUUUGAGGCGUUCACGAGGAAUUGACUUUGAUUAAGACUGUUUUAGCGAUGAAGGAAGACGAACGACAAUCCCGCCAAUCUGCAAACAAAUUUGCCACGCGAUCAAAGCGAAGAAAAGACAUAUUUAUUGCUUGCUUUUUUUCAGCGAAUAUACCAUGACACUUGUGGGAAGAUAUUUAUAUUUAUAUACUUGUACACAGAUUUUAUUAGCGUGUAAAAAAAUUGUAUUUUUGCCAUAGAGUUCGUGGUUGUCGAUGCGUCAACGCGAGCACCGUAAGGUUUUGUACGUACUUAAUCGACGCAAUAUUCGUAUUUGUGAUAUUCGUCGACGUCUAGUUGGUUAGUUUAAAUAAUUUCGACCGAAGUAUGCUAUUAUUUGCCAGGAUUUAACAGUGCCUAAAGUAGCUUUUUGUACUCUUGAGUGAACUGUGUAUUUUCCUAGGAAGGGUGAGGACGUGUAAACAAACAUUGAGAUCUCAUCGGACUGAUUUUUCCACACGAUUUUUUGUACGUUUUGUGCAAUUCUAUUGUUCCAUAGUGUAAUUUAUAUAAGAUAUUAUAUUAAUGCAUUCCUUUUUAUGUAUUUACACUAUUAAAGUCUUAUUAUACAUGAUUAAAUGACGAAA